AUGCAGACCAUCAAAUGUGUGGUGGUGGGCGAUGGAGCAGUGGGAAAAACCUGUCUACUGAUUUCAUACACCACCAAUAAGUUCCCCUCGGAAUAUGUACCAACAGUGUUCGACAACUAUGCAGUAACUGUUAUGAUCGGUGGUGAACCGUACACCCUUGGCUUAUUUGAUACAGCAGGUCAGGAGGAUUAUGACCGGUUACGACCACUAAGCUACCCACAGACUGACGUCUUCUUAGUCUGCUUCUCUGUUGUUUCUCCAUCUUCGUUUGAAAAUGUUAAAGAAAAAUGGGUUCCGGAAAUCACCCACCACUGUCCUAAGACCCCGUUCCUGUUGGUCGGCACUCAAAUCGACCUACGCGAUGACCCCUCCACAGUUGAGAAGUUGGCCAAGAACAAACAGAAGCCCAUUACCCCGGAGACGGCCGAGAAGCUCGCGCGGGACCUUAAGGCGGUCAAGUACGUGGAGUGCUCGGCCCUCACACAGAAAGGAUUAAAGAAUGUGUUUGAUGAGGCAAUACUGGCUGCCCUGGAGCCCCCCGAACCUAAGAAAAGACGUAAAUGUGUUCUGCUCUAA